AUGAUAGUUGUUGUAGCAACUGCUGAAGUUGUUUCAACAACUGCUAAAAAUAUUGUAGUAACUACGAUAGCUGCUGCGAUAAUUGUUGCAACAACUAUCGCAAUUGCUGCAAUAACUUCAACACGAGGUGAAAGAGCGGAUGAUUAUGGCGGCAAAAGAGUUGUUGGUAACAACGAAGGUGGAGGUGGUGAUUGUUAUAACGGCGACGAUGGAGGAGAAGGAGGUGGCAACGAUGAUGGUAGAGGAGGAGAAAGUUGUGGUGGUGGUGGAGAUGGAAAAACUGAUAGUUAUGGUAAAGAAGAAAAUAGUGAUGGUGAUAGAGGAGGAAAAAGAGGAGAAAGUGGUGUUGAUGGAGGAAGAAAAGGAAGAAUUGAUGGUGGCGGAGGUGAUGACGAGAACGGUGGCGGUGACAAAAGUGGGAGAUUGCGGCGGCAGAAGGAUGGGGAGGCGUGGGUGGGUGGCAUGGGAGGGUGGAUGAGUGAGUGGACCUUUAUGUAA